UGGUGCUGACACUCGCUUGCAGGGAGUGGAAAAUCAGUGGUUUCCCCAGUGUGUGAUUCAUCUGAUUCUGAUUUGCAUGUGUGGAUUUGCAAGUGAAGCGGAAAGGAAAGUUUUGCGAGAAAAAACCACACAGAAUUUAUUGCUCAGAGACUAAAUUACAAAGGAAAACCGCGCGCUGAUUCAAAGGCCGGUUUCAUAUUUUAGAGGAGAAAAUACUGAAGGAAAAGUGAACAGACAAUACAUAUAUAAAGUGGUUUGGUGGAGGACUAUUUGAAGAAUUUAGAGACAAUUGUGUGUGAGGAGUUCAAGCAACUGAAGAAAAGUUUACUCGAAGAGAGCGUAGAAAAGGUGCUAGCCAAAAUGAAAACAGAGGAUAAAAAUAAUGUACCACGAGUGAGGAUUGCCGUUUUGGGGAAUAUCAACGUGGGAAAGUCUGCACUCACUGUGAGAUACUUGACGAGGCGCUUCAUUGGCGAGUAUCGCUCCAACACAGAUCUCCUGUAUCGGCAGACAAUCUCCCUCGACAGCGGGCUUCUGGAUGUUGAGAUUGUGGACAUAUCGGUAGAGGGAGAGUCUGACUUCCCACUUGAGCAGAUUCAAUGGGCAGAUGCGUGCCUGAUUGUCUACAGUAUUACGGAUAAGUCCAGCUUCGACUACGCGAGUAAAAGCCUUGCUGAGCUGAAAGCCUUGCAGAACGCCCCAUUUGCCUACCUAAUCGGCAACAAGGCAGAUCUUGACCAUUUACGAGCGGUCUCAGAAAGUGAAGGUGCUAAAUUGGCGGCAUCAUAUGGAAUUGGCUUCUGCGAGGUUUCCGUGGCGGAAAAUUCCCCAGCACUUUACAAAGCCUUUGAGAGGAUAUUGAUCGAAUCGCGAGCUCGUCCUGUGAAGCAGCGGAAGUUUUCUGUCAGCAAAAUGAUUGGCACGCUGAUAGGCAGUAGUGCGGCUAAACCCAUGCAGAUUACGCAGGGAACUGUGGUCCCUUGCCACAAAGGUGAUUUGCAUAAGUCGCGCGUGUUGAAGCGUCGCCAGGCGUUCGCGGCCACAAUAUCACUAUGACAAACCAACAGAUUGACGGCCAGUAGCCCAAGUGAUUGCUGAAUGAACCCAUCCUUUUCAGCGAGGGAUGGGGAUAUUGUCCUGAGCGUCGAGGAGACUCUAAUGGAAAUUUACCCGUAAUUUCCACUGAGGCGAGCUUUAUCGACAUAUUUUCUAUAUUGAGCGCGUGAAGAUUGUUGCUGGCGACAGCAAAUCCAAUGCGUAUCACUUGAUGAUGUGUUUGUUCUGCCGACAAUUGACAAUGGAAUUUUCACUAUGUAAGUCAGCAGAAGCGACACAUGAAAAUUGUAUUAAUUGAUCUCUCAUGGAAUGGAAAAAACUCAUUAACCAAUUAGUGCGUGAGAGAAGCAAAAGUAUGAAUAUUUCAGUUUGAUUUCCCAAUGGAAAGGACUCUCAAUGACAUCUUUCGCAAGUUUGCCCCACAUUCUGUCCCAAUUGAGAAGUCAAACUACGACUGAAUGGGCCAGAAGGAGCACGGAGAUCCACUAAUAACAAUAAUAAUAUUAAGAUUAUUUAGCAUCAAUGUGGCGUGUGUGCUCCAUCAAACGCUAAAAUAUGUAUCAUUAGUAUUUUGUCGUUUCUUGUCCCACACGCAAGACUGGUCUGGUUAUAAAUAGGCGCUAAGAGUAUGAAGAAAAAUUCUUUUCCCAAUCUCUUUCCACGCAUAUUUUCCACAUACUGAAAGUCCAACUGCGACGUUUGGCAAUGAAACACCCCACUUUGACGACUUUAUAUCACCAAUGCGAUUGGGAAAGAGAUUCUCACACGAUUUUUUUCUUCUUCUUUUUGUCAGGAGGAAAAGACAUUUUCUUCACACUUCAGACAACAUGAAAAUGCCAUUUACUCUCCAAUGAUGAUCGAUAUCAUUGGUUUUAUUUCACAAUUUAGCCUUUAGGGUGAAUGAAUACCUAUUUAUAUCAUAUUGAUAUAGUUACACUAGUUACAUAUGUUAAUUAUACUUAAAUUAUUCUGUAUUUUACUUCUUUGCUAGUUAGAGUUGUAAGACACACAGAAUAAUGACUGCAAAGAUGGGGGCGCCUGGUUAUUAUCACACUUUGUCUUAUAAAUACAUACUCACAAUUAAAGAAGAAUAUUCCGCCAGUCAAUAACCUAUCGAAUAUUCAUCAAAGUACAUGCACAUAUGUUUACUUUUGACUUUUUCUUGCAACUCUGCAGAAUGUUGGCAGAGUCUGCACGCCUCAGUGAGAUGUAAUAAAAGAGUAUGACUUUGCCAAUCGAAAUUCGCACUCCUGAACUUUUUUGGAUGCCAUGCAAACAAUAAAUGGGAUGUGAAUUGCUGACACGUAUUGCAAAACGGAGGCGGGGAAAAAUGCAAAAAGGCGCGAAAAGCAGCUGAGAAAAUUGGGAAAAUUUACUCUUUUGUGAUUCAGCUUUGCUUUGCACCUUUCCAAAUUGACUUCAGACGUAAAUUGGCAAAAAAGCACACACUAGAAACCAGGUUGACAAAUUCAACAUUUUAUUGGACAUUUAUUUUGACUAUGUUAUCAUUGAUGGCAAAUAUAAUAUUUGCUUGUGUCAUAUUUCACUUUGUGGGGGUGGGAGAAAACUCGGGGUCUUUUUUAUCUGGCUGCCAUCCUAAAUACCACGAAAAAUUGAGGUGGAAUUCAAUCUGGAAACUAUUAAAAAGUGUGUAAAAUUCACACAUUCGCUAGAAUGCGCGGUUUUUCUUGUCUCAUAAGCACAAAUACAGCACGCAUUUGUGUUCUCUCCCACACGCAUUAAUCACUCACGUCCAGCUGAAAAAUAAAUAUCGGAUAAAAUAAUGUUGAGCAAUGGUGUUAAACAAACAAAGUCGGAAGUUGAGAAUUCCGUGCUGGCGACACUCUUCGGGAUAUGAUCACCACGAGCGUCCGCGUGAAUCUAUCAGCACAUCGUGAAAAAAUGGCCAAACAACACAUUAAUUUGUCUGAUUAUAUUGAAAAUGCCCGUCCUGAUUGUGCUGCUUGAUCAUUUUGGGGAUUCACGAGUCUCCAUAUGACGUUUGUGCGCCUUUGAACACGCUGCGCGAUAGUUUGAGAUUAAGCCGCGAGAUUGAGAGAUUUUUAAUUUGUUGUGAAAGUUGAUUGCGACGGAAUUUUACACCGGCGUCGCGCCAAUGAUAUUUUUGUCAUCCCAAAGACACUUGGCGACGCUCCUCCGUCACAAUCACGUAGAAUCGAAAGCGAUUUACCCCUCUUUUCCUGUAGAAUUUUUAGGUAUUUUUGGAGUGGCGCGAACUUUAUAAACGACAGUGUGGAAUACCAAACAAAACAGGGAAUUUUUUGAAACACAAAGCCAUACUUUUACUAUUUGCUUAUUAUUAUGAAAUGUAUAUGAAAGAAUCCCUCAUAAUUUGCAUUAUAAAGUCAAUCUGCAGAUUCAAUUAUCAUACUUAAUGAAAUUUUUUAUCUUGUUAACGAAUUUACAUAGAAUUUUACUAAGAAAGUCUAUAUAUCAUUUUUCAAAGUUUAAAGUCUUAAGACAACAAUUUGUAUUCUUUAUAGUCGUUGAGAUACUGAGAAGGAAAUUUAAAAAAUUUUAACUUGGGUAAAAUUUUGGACAAUUUACAUUUGUAGUUAGAAAUGUAAAAGGACGUUUUUGCAGCAAAAAUAGACAUUGAAAAGGCCUCUAAUUAUUUAUUCGGUGAACUCAAAAAAAAACAUAUGGAAUGGAAUGUUGGAAAAAUGAACAAAUCUGGCUGUGAUAACGUUUAGGAAAAAAUAUACUCUAGAUCAAAAAUGUGAAGAUUUCCCCUUUGUGAGAGUAAAUGAGGCGAGAAUAAAUUAUGUAAUUCCUAUAGAAUUUGAGGAAAAUGUUUAUUGAGCAAAUAAGUGAAAUAACAUUGUUUUAUAUUAUCAAUUGUGAAUUUAGCCAUAAGAAUAUUUAACACUGAGUGUAAAGUGGAGUAAGGAAGUUAUGUCCACAUACUGAAAAAUGGAAGAAAUAAAUAAAUCUUACUUAGUGGAAAUUCUGGAUCUUGUAUUUGU